AUGAGAUUAAUGAAUGUCUAUAUAUUUAAUAAGACAAAUAAAACAACAACAAUAACAACACAUUCUUUCAUUCUAAUUUACAUGUUUAUUUGUUUAUUUAAAACCAUCAGUAAUCUAUUAUCAUAUUAUAUUAUAUGUCGUCUAUCUCUUUAUCAAAUCUAUACAAUCAAUCUAUUAAACGACGGUAUGACAUCAAUUUAUUUUGCAUUUUUAUCAUUAGUUUUUAGUGUCAACAGAGCAGAAUCACCAGCAUCAUCAUCAGCAUCAUUCAUUAUCAAACCAAUUAUUCAAACACCACACCCACAAACAACACAGGCAUUAGCACUAGCACUUACACUAAACUAUCAUUAUACUACUACUACAACUACCUCUCUAUAUGUACAUAUAGAAACACCUAAAGGAAAGAGAACCGACUUAAGACGCAAAUACUGCGAUCCAAUCACCAAACAAUAG